GGUGAACCUGCCGCGGCUGCGAUGGGACGUGCUCGGAGAAAUGACAGCUUGUGCAGGAAUUUGGGCUGAACUGCAUCCCCUGUGACGAGGAGGACCGCGACUGUCAGCUCGGUCGAAGUAUGUGACAGCUGGCAUUUUUGUAUUUUUUUUUCUUCCCAUCCGAGGCGUCAUUCAUGACACACAUCAUUUUAAAUGAAUUUAUUUGUCAACGUUCAAGAAUGGAUUCGGUGAAAUGGGCGCAAAAGUUGACCCGGCGGUGUCCUCUGGAUGUUGCGGAGCUCCGUGUCAAACUCGGGCGCGUUUCAAUGCCGGCGGAGCGGCUUCCUCUCCCGAUGGGACGGUGAAGUGAACUGCAGCUGCACCGGGGGUGAAAUAACGGGAGCGGGCAUUGGAGGAGAUAACGGAAUUACCUCCCUGACCGAAGAACUGCGUUGAACCUGAAUCUCUCCUCGAUUUCCACCCCCUCGACGAGGACACUGGAGACUUUCCAGUGAAUGAUUUUAUAGGUAGACUUAUUUGUGUUUUGCAUGUGUAUUUUUUUUUUUUUUUUUUUUUUUUGUCGCCUAUAAAUCGAGCACCAUUGAAGUGAUUGCACUGCACGAGCCCUUAAUCCGGGGGCUAAAUGUUUAAAAACGUCCAGCAGCCUGCGGCGCUGUGAAAGUAUUAAAUGACACCUUUUAUUCCGUGGAAACAAAGCAAUUUAAAUUAAGUCUGUUUAGAUUGCUCCUCUGUUUCGGGAUCAUCUGUCAAGCACAUUUUUUAUGUUUUGUUUUUUUUGGGCACCAGCUGGACAUCGAGUUUAUUGUCGAGGGAUUAUCUUUUGAUGACAUAAACAACUUCACAGGAGAUAAUCAGACGCCAAGCUGAAACAUGAGCUCGUUUUGUUAAUUAUUUAGCCCAACAAUUAAACUAAACCUCCCAUGCGCACCUGUGUGGUGGAUGCAUGUUGCCAAAAGGCCAUUUUUUCUUUUUUUGCAACGUGUCACAUUUAAAAGGCAAUAAAGCCUUUUAACAUGACAGCAUGACAGCAGCAUCAGUGCACGGAUAAAGAUAAGGACAGUUUUUGUGUCUGUGCAGCUUUGGGUGAAGUUGCGUUCACGCACCGGAAAGCAUGCGCCCUGCAAGAUUUCCUCAGCCUGUCUUCUUCACUUUUUCUGGCUUUGGUAUUGGAUCAAAGAUGCAUGGCUUUUCAUGAGACAAUCUGCUAUAUAUAAACACUUUUUGCUCUGAUAAACUCUUUUUUUUUUAGGGAGGGGGGCGGGGGAGGCAAAACUUUGUUCCCACUGUGGUGACCCUCUUGCUGUUUCCAUGCGUCUUUCCUCUCCUCCAGACCUCUGGACGUUGUUGCGGAUUGUGUUGCUAUUUAAUGCAAUGGGCUGCAUCCAGAGUAUCAGGUGUAAGCCCAAGAGUUUCCGAGACAGUAUCAUCGUCCUGGAGCUGAACACGUCCAUUGACUCCAACCCCACCAGCAUCGACGAGGCGUCCAGCGUGGUCCUGCGCUACAGGACGCCGCACUUCCGAGCCAAUGCUCGCGUCCUGGUGCCGCCAGUAGCAGCCAAGGAGACGUGGACCAUCGGCUGGAUCCAAGCCUGUAACCACAUGGAGUUCUUCAACACGUACGGAGACAAAGGGAUGUCGAGCUGGGAGCUCCCCGACUUGCGCGACGGUAAGAUCCAGGCCAUCAGUGACUCGGACGGGGUCAACUACCCGUGGUACGGCAACACCACGGAGACCUGCACCAUCGUGGGCCCCACCAAGAAGGACAGCAAGUUCACCGUGAGCAUGAAUGACAAUUUCUACCCCAGCGUGACCUGGGGGGUGCCGGUCAGCGACAGCAACGUGCCUCAACUCAGCAGCAUUCGCCGCGACCAGAGCUUUACCACCUGGCUGGUGGCCAUCAAUCAGGCCACCUCGGAGACGCUCGUGCUGCAGACCAUCCGCUGGAGGAUGCGCCUGCACAUCCAGGUGGACCCCGAGAAGCCGCUGGGCCACCGGGCCGUCCUCAGAGAGCCCGUGGCCCAGGAGCAGCCCCAGAUCCUGGGGAAGAACGAGGCCAUCGCGCCCAACGCCAUGGUCAAGCCCAACGCCAACGACGCCCAGGUGCUGAUGUGGCGGCCAAAGAACGGUGACCCCGUGGUGGUCAUCCCGCCCAAAUACUGACCCGCCCGCCCCACUGACCGGACUGGCCUUGGAUACCUUAACAGUAUCACCUUUUCUUUCUUUCACUCCUGCUCUUCACCAGCCGCCACCGCAUUGACCCCCACUCCUUUUAUAUAUUUAUUCGUGUCUUUGCCUCUUUAUGCCUCUCUCAUGUUUUUUCAGAAGACGUGAUCAAAGAAAUGGAGGAAAAACAACAACAACAACAACAACAAAAAACGCGAAACCAGCACUGAGCAAAUAAGACCAGCAGUUGCUUUUUAGGUGGGUGCUUGAACAAACUUUUGAAACUGGAGUGAAAAAAAAAAGAAAAAAAACAAAAAAACUGCAACCAUUCUACCUUCAAACUGGGUCUCACUGUGCUAAAUGACGAAAAUGAAAAACUGACUGUUUUUGAUUUUUGUUUUUAUUUUUUUAACAUUUUGGCUGUUUGAGCCUCGUGACGGAAGGUUUUGUCAGUGUGGGCGGAUUGGAAGUAUUCACAUAACCAUGUGUGUGCACACGCUGCCUACAUGGAUAUGCACAAACUCCGUGUAUUAUUACCAGUUGCGUUUUUAUUUAUGGGCUGGAAGAGAGUGCAUUUAUUUGUGUUCAGUGUUUCGUUUUUGUUUUUUUUUUGUGGUGUCAUUUACAUGACAAUUUGCGUUGGGUGACAUGCUUAGGUGUUAGGAUUUUUUUUUUUUUCUUUUUUUAAAGAACAUGCGAGACAUUCAAUCCAUGCUGCCUUAAGUUUACAUUGCUUUCCACUGCAAACUUUUUAGCCUUAAACAAAGUGCAAUGCAGUAAGUGGUCAUAUUUGUCCUGUUUCUUCCAGACUGCUGGUGCUGGCGUGCGUGAGUGUGUGUAUGUGAAUGCGUGUGUGUUUGUGGGUUUAAGAAAGGAACUGUAGCACAAGAGGAAGUCCCAGAUCUUUGAUGCAGGAUUUGAUGAACCGUUGCGGGGAGACACAGUUUUACUUCCGAGCUGAGUCGCGGAGCUGUGUUUCAAGCGCACGAUGCUGCAGCGAAGAUGUUCCGUGCAGAUAGACGUACGAAGAAGUAAAUCCAACUCCGACCGAUAGCACAAAGAACUCGACGUGCAAUAACAACACGAGCAAAAAUUGGACAGAAAAGCACUCUGCAGCUGACCUGGUUUCACUUAAUUUCUAAUGUUUAUGGGCUGUGGCAGAGUCCAGCAGCCAAAAGCAACAUUUUCUUCUUCUGUAUCACUCCAUCUCAGGGCCUCCUUUAACUUCCUUCCUCUUUCUUUUCGUUUUUCUGCUCCUUUUUGUUUGCCCUGCUCACAUUGAACAAUCGAUACUUUUAUUGCUAAGCAGCCGCAGACGGGGGAAAUCAUUUUUUUAAUAUCCACAGAAUAAUAACAGCACCCCGCUUUGCGCAAUCUUCUUUUUCGUCUCCCCUCCACUUGUAAGACAAGCUCACGCAUUUCUACUUCUCGCUGUUGAAACAGUGGCGUUCAUUUCCUCUUUGUAGAAUUACAGCUUCAAACAUCUGUCGUUUAUAUCGGCAGACUCUCCCGUUUAGUCGCCCCUCCUCCUCGAUCACCACUAAUCUUCAUCUUCCUCCAGUAUUUCUCCUCCCACUCCUCACUUCCUCUCGUCGCCGUUCUCUCACUUUUUUUUUUUUUUUUUAUCUGCUGUCGAGGCUGAAAAGGAGCGCAGGGGAGCGUGCGAGCGCGAUGCCGACUGCUCGGUUGGCAUAUAGAUGACCCACUUCUCCGCCGUGCCAGUUGUGGCUUUCUUCGCAGAAAUGUGGGUCUUGUCUUCCUUUAUUUCACCGCCAGCAAAUGUAACACACACACACACACACACGUGCGCGCGCACACAUGAAUAAACAAGCGGCUCCGGCCAGCUUAAUAUCAACAUUCAGCGAGGUGAUGCCUGCUCAACUGUGAAUCCUUGAGAUGGCCUUCAGCUCCAACCUGAAACUUUUAUUACAAACAAAACGGAAAAAGCAGCCAGCGUUCAGCGCUAUUUUUUUUUUUUUUUUUUUUAAAUCAUAUUUUCUGAUGGAAAGCCAAAAAUAUUUGUUGCAUACUCAGAUUUCGGAAAAAAAUAUUAAUGAAAGUCCAUUCAGUCUGUUCAGUCUCCGGUAAAAGAAAUAAUUUGCAUGCAAAUCCGGUGUCAUUCACAAAUAUCAAGAGGCUGCUGCAAAUUUCCUUCAGGCCGCGUCUAAAAAUACACACAAUCAAAGGAAUGGUUGAAUAUUUUUAGAAAGAGCUUGUUCGUUGUCUUCCUGAAACCUGGGUAUGAAGAUCAGUCCUGCUUGAGCAGUAUCCGAAUCUGAAUGUUAGCCAGUCUCGUAGCGUGACGUGCUACCUGAAAACCCUGCAGAUCACUGAAAGCUCAGAAAUGCUUUUCUUCCGUGAGAUGAGCUGUGGUGGUGGUCGAACAUGGCGAGGCUCUCGAUGAGCAAGAUCACGACCAAGUCAGAGUGAGCGAAAGGAAAAAGCAAGGAGCGACGGGGGCCGGCCGCCCUAAUUAGCUCCAGAGUGACACACUUUGAUGCCCUAGAUGGGCUGAACCGUGCUGAACCGUGCCCGCGCCGCGCCGUGCGACGCGCCGGCUGUCCGGAGUCACGGCCGCGGUUUAAGUGAGGUCAAACAGCCAAGGCCGGGGGGGGCCGAGGGGAGCUGUCACAGUCCCGACAUGUCCAGCCAGCCAGGCCGCCGGUGUCUGCGAGGGGAACAAAAUGAAGGUGGCAAACAAACCGGGUCCAUUCAGACGGUAACGUCUGCUUAAAAUAGCGUCGAGAUUUUCCAAGAACGACCUGGACGCGGUCCAGGAGUUAUUUUUCAAUUUGUGGCUGAUAUUAAAAGUCUGCCGCUCGUAUCGAGCCCCCAGUCACCUUUCACCUGACGCAGCACCGAGCUGAGGACACCGACCUGAACCUGGGCUACAUGUAAUGUAAUUAAACGCUGACACGCAGAGUAGCAAACACUCAUUACGUGUGUGUGUGUGUGUGUGUGUGUGUGAGUGUGUGUGUGCUUUAAAUCCCGCUGAACGGAUUUAAACGGGGUGAGGAGUUUCACUUCUGCUGCUGUGAAUUCUUCCCCCCGUCUCCUCACUGUCAGAGGGUUUGUGGCCUCGGGGGGGGAAUGCAGCGGGUCCGGCGUGGUAUCUGAUUGUCACAGCAGUGUCACAUUGGCAGCGUGAACCCGUUUAUCAGCGCCGCACGUGGCCCGUCUGGACGCGCGCACGUGUUGAUCGGGGCCGUACGCGCAGACAGACGCGCAUGUUUAUUGACAAGCGCGAUAAUCCGCUCUUCCGUCAGCCAGCGCUUUAAUAUUCAGAACGAGAACAUGAGACCCAGGCGAUUGGUAGGUCACGGAGUGGGAGCGUGUCGGCUAUCGCAGUCUUCCGUUCGCCUCGGUCGGUUGUGUUUAUGAUGUGAAACUUCAUAGGUCUUUUGCAGAAAAAGAAAAAAGAUUUUUGUUAUACAGUUGGGGAAAAAAAAAAAUUUGCAGUAAGUGCCAAAAUUGGACAAAGCCAAAACGACGCAGGAGGGCGCUGUUUGAGGCUCGUCAAACCAAAAACCUGCUGUCGGUCAAUAACAUAUUGGCAAAAAUGUAGCCGUGCAUGCGGGGCUGUGCCAAGAGGAAGGCAGUCUCCUCUCCUAAACCCACACUGCUACCGUUCUUCUGAGGGCUGCUACCUUCGCUUCUCAUUGUUGUAAUAGUUUUGUGUUCCUCCAUAAAACCUCAGUGAGUCGUUUUUAGUCAAACCAAAUUCACACUCAGGACCACCAGCCUUUGUUCCCUGGCUCUUAUUUUUGGUUCUAUCUGGAGAAGAAGAAGGAAAAAAAAAAAAAAACCCCUAAAGUUCGUAUUCCAUAAGUCAUCUCUCUCGUCUCCUCACGCCAGAAAAUACAAUUUAUUAUUUU